UCCCUGCUUCAAAAAAUGAAGUCCAUGAUAUCUUUCAUAUUUCUGUCUCUACUGCUGCUUCAUUUCUACAACCCCAUUAGAGCCCAAAACACAGAUCCUUUUGUGAUCUGUGGCACAAAUGGAAACUACACUUCAGGAAGUUCCUUUCAGCAGAAUCUGAACCAGACACUGACGUCACUUGCUGCGAAUGCGUCCCCCACAGGUUACUACACUGCCUCUGCAGGUCAAAACCCUAAUGCUGUUUAUGGUCUCAUUCAGUGCAGGGCUUAUCUUUCCAAAGAGGACUGUCAAACUUGUGCAGACAAAGUAGUUUCGGAGGUCACCCAAUUGUGUCCUUACAGAAAGGAAGCUACCAGAUAUAAUGGAGAGUGUUCUUUACAGUAUUCAGACUGGAGAUUCUUUGGUCAACUUGAUAGCACACUGAGGAUUAUUGUUACUUAUGGUGGGGAGAAACCUAGUAACAUGACUCUUUUUAGAAGUCAGCUACGUUACUUGCUUCAGAAUCUUACGUUAAUAGCUCAAACUGACAAUUCUAGAUUGGCUAUGGGGAGCAUAAGUUACUUGACAUUUACUCCAAUCUAUGGUAUGGUCGAGUGUGUCAGAGAUUUAUCUGGACAGGGAUGUGUGUUUUGCCUUCAAGAUCUGUUUGAGUUUAUUCCUUCAGCUUUGGGUGACCAGUCUAAUGGUCAGUUGUCUGCUAUAAGUUGCAGUUUCCGAUAUGGUCUGUUUAAGUUCUUUCAAUUUUCACUACCACCACCUCCUCCACCACCUCCAUCCCCGCCACUGCCUCUUCAGCCGCCUCCUUCACCACUGCCUCGACCGCCAACAUCACCACUUGAACCAAAUGCAACAUUUGCUUCAAGUAAUGAUCGAGAAGGUGGAAAUGAUGAAUAUGAUGGUUCAAGCUCAGAAACACUUUUGGUUCCAUUCAGUGUACUUAAAGCAGCCACAAGCGGCUUUUCUGAUGGAAACAAGCUUGGACAAGGUGGUUUUGGUGCAGUUUAUAAGGGGAAAAUGCCUGAUGGGCAAGAGGUAGCUGUGAAAAGGCUAUUGACAAGCUCAAGUCAGGGCUUGGAAGAGCUUAAAACGGAAGUGAGGCUGGUUGCUAAACUUGAACAUACUAAUUUGGUGAGGUUGCUGGGCUGCUGCAUUCAAGGAAAGGAACAGCUUCUUGUCUAUGAGUACAUUUCCAAUGGUAGCUUGGACCAACUACUAUUUGCCGAGAACAGAAAGUCCAUCUUGACUUGGGAAACAAGGUACAGAAUCAUUGUUGGAAUUGCUCGAGGAAUGCUUUAUCUGCAUGAAGAUUCGCGUCUUAAGAUUGUUCAUCGCGAUUUGAAAGGAGCUAACAUUCUGUUGGAUGAGUCUAUGAACCCUAAAAUUGCAGAUUUUGGGACUGCAAGACUCUUUUCAGCCACUCAGACUCACAUCAGCACAAAAAAAGUUGCAGGCACUCGUGGGUAUAUGCCCCCAGAGUAUGUCAAGAAUGGUCAGUUCUCUACUGUAUCUGAUGUCUAUAGCUUUGGAAUUCUGCUCUUGGAGAUAAUUUCUGGUGAAAGGAUCACCACUCCUCGCAACUACUCCAAUCUUCAGAGCGAUGCAUGGGAAUAUUGGGUCGAUGGGAAAGCAUUGAACUUGCUGGAUCGAACCUUGGGCCGCAAGUAUCCAAGACAUGAAGUUCUGAAGUGCAUCCACAUUGCUGCUUACUUCACUUGUCAGAAUGACAGGAACUACACUUCUGGAAGUCCAUAUCAUCUGAACCUGAACCUGACCUUCAAAUCCUUAGCUUCUAAUGCCUCUGCUGAUGACUACUCUACUGCUUCCAUUGGCUCGGGCCCAGAUCAAGUCUACGGUCUCAUACAGUGUACAGGUUAUACUCCCAGGGACGCCUGCCAAGCUUGUGCAACAAACAUGGUCUCUCAGAUCACCCAAAUGUGCCCUAACCAGAAGCAAGGCUCUAUAUAUAAUGAGAAGUGUACAUUGCAGUACUCCGACAUGAAUUUUUUCUCAGAUCUAGAUAGCACCCCACGUUUCAUCAUGUGGAACAAUGUGAAUGCAUCUGAUCUUGUUCUUCUAAAGACCAGCUUGGGAGCUUUGCUCAAGUCGCUUUGGCCUCAUGCUGCAGAGAGCCUUUCCAGGAUAGCUUCUGGGAAUUCUACAUUUACCAAAGUUAAAAAUAUCUAUGCUCUGGUGCAAUGCUCUAAAGGCAUUUCUGGAAGUGACUGCUUGACUUGUCUUCAGAAUGUUUCCAUGACGUGUUUGCUUUUUCUGGACAAAGGAGAAAGUGGAUUUCUUUUUGCUCCGAGUUGUAAUCUGCGGUAUGAUACUCAUCUAUUUUAUUCAGCUUUGCCGGCUUUUCAACCUGGUUUGGAUCAACCUCCACCUCCCUCACUGCUUGAAGAAGAAAACCAGUCAAUAAGUCAUGUGGAAGCCUCUAAGAUAAGUGUUAUCCUGGCGAUGGCUGCAGCUCUUGCUUUGUUGAUAAUGGCUGUCGGGGAUAGCAAUAGAAGUUUGGAGUCACUUUUGACUGAAUUUGAUAAACUCAGAGAAGCAACAAACAACUUUGCAGAUGAAAACAAGCUUGGACAAGGUGGAUUUGGUGUAGUUUAUAAGGGGAAAAUGGUGGGUGGGCAAGAGAUAGCUGUGAAAAGGCUUUCAACUGGUUCCAAGCAAGGUCUAGAAGAGCUCCAAACAGAAGUAAUGUUGGUUGCGAAACUUCUGCAUCAAAAUCUGGUGAAGCUGUUGGGAUUCUGCAUAGACGAAGAAGAGAAGUUGCUUGUCUACGAGUAUCUUCCUAAUGGGAGCCUGGACAAAUUUCUGUUUGAUAAGAAUAGAAGGCUGAAACUUAAUUGGGAAAUGAGGUACAAUAUCAUUGUUGGGAUUGCUAGAGGACUUCUAUACUUGCACGAAGAGUGCCCACUAAAGAUCAUUCACCGUGAUAUGAAAGCCAGCAACAUUUUAUUAGACGAGUCCAUGACGCCUAAGAUUUCUGAUUUCGGGCUGGCAAGACUUUUCCCUGGUACAAAAAACUCCAGUUUUCAAGACUCCAGGAAUCUUCAAAGUUAUGCAUGGAGGCAUUGGGUCAAUGGAACAGCUUUGAAGAUAGUGGACUCAACCUUGGGCGAUGAAUUUGAAAAGGAUGAGGCUCUGAAGUGCAUCAACAUAGGACUGUUGUGUGUUCAAGAAGCUGCAGCGAACAGGCCGACAAUGUCUGAUAUCUUAUUGAAGCUUGGAAGCUACACUAAGCGUGGUAGCCCUUACAACCGAAAUCUCAACCUCACCCUCGCUGCAUUAGCUGCAAACGCCUCUCGAACUGGCUACUUCACAGCCACCACAGGCCAGAGUCCAGACAUAGCUUAUGGACUCGUACAGUGCAGAGGUUAUAUCUCUCCAGAAGAAUGCCAAUAUUGUGCAAAGGCAUUAGCUGCUAACAUCACACAGAUGUGCCCCAACCAGAAGGAAGCUGCCAUAUUGAAUGAGGAUUGCACAUUGCAGUAUGCUGAUUGGGAAUUCUUCUCGGUUCCUGAUAUUAUCCCCAGAUUGGGUUUAGUCAGUGAUGAGAAUGCAACGGUCCCAGUUGCAUUCAAAAGUCACUUGGGGGAAUUGAUGAAGAAUCUGUCAUCAACCGCUGCUGCUGAUCCUUCGAGGCUGGCUUUUGGGAGGGAUAGAUAUGGAGACUUCCAGUGGGAGGAUAUUUGCUUUGAGUUGCAAUGUCCGGUUUGA